GCAUUCGUUUUUAUUAUUUUCUUUCAAUUGUUUAUCAACAACUAUUUUUUUCUACGUAUCACAAACAUGGCAGGAAUCGCAGCUCUCAGCGAGCUACACCGGUGGAUGGCUGGACUGCAGUGGCAUGCAACGUCGGUUUCCAUCAGCUCCAGCAUUUUGGGCGAGAAACCCUCAGAUCCCAACAAGCCAGAUGCACCGCUGACGUGGAUUAAUGUGGGAAUAGCAGCCCUUAUGUUGCUUUUCAACAUUGCGCUGUCAAUGUGGUUUGGCCUGGGCCUCAGCACAAGUCUAAUAGUGGCGGCAACACGCUGCGUAGUGCAGCUAACAUUGCUGGGGAUGCUGCUGAAAGAGAUAUUUCUCACAGAAAACCCCAUAUACAUAUUCGGUAUGGCCCUGGUUCUUGGCGUGAUGGCAGCCUUUGAGGUGACAUAUUGGCGAUCAAAGCGCCGGUUUCCUUGGAUGUACCUGGGCACUAUGCUGUCUAUAACAGGCAGUGCGUUUGUGGUGGCGUUAUUUGGCAACGCGUACGCGCUCAAUAUGAGUCCGUCAUAUACGGCGGUUAAAUUCAUCCCGACGAUCGGCAUGUUAUUUGGCAAAUGCAUGAUUGGAGUGUCCAUUGGUAUGGGCUCAGUGAUGGAUUCGCUGGAUUCGCAUCGUGACCGGGUCGAGACAGCGCUGGUAUUUGGCGCAUCGCGAUGGGAAUCCACCAAACCUGUGGUCGUCGAGGCUCUGAGAAGCGCGCUUUUGCCUACUAUUACCAAUAUGGGAAUCACAGGGUUGAUCUCGAUUCCUGGCAUGAUGACUGGCUGGAUCCUCGGUGGCGCAGAUGUCAUGGAGGCUGCUCGGUACCAGCAGGUCAUUAUGUUUAUGAUCUCGGCGUCAACAGCUAGCAGCACGGUGAUAUCAGUUAUGUUUUGCACAUUCAUGCUGGUUGACGCCUCACCCAUGCUUAGGCUUGACCGUAUGGCUACUACGGGAGCGAUGGGAAGCUUGUCAAACGGCGGCAGUAAUGGAUCAAAUGACAAAUCGCAGGUCUCACUUCGCAUGACCCAGAUGCGCUCUAACUUCCGACCAAAGUCCGAUAUGCACAUAAGCAAGCCAAGCGGCGCAUCGCCAGCAUUGUCCAUUAAAAGCUCCGAUACGCGUAUGGGUCCUGGUGCAAAUUUCAGGACGCACAGAGCCUCUCAAGGGCCAGUCAAGGCAAAAAGCACGUCUCUGCUACAGAUUCCACAGCAUCCACAGGCUGUAGACACCGCUGAUAUCGAGGAUCUGGCUGCGCAAUGCCGCCAAAGGUGUGGAGACAAGUGGAAAGUGUGGAUGUCGCCGAACGAUGGAAUGCCUGUGCUAGAAUAUGCUCAGGUUGGUGAUGGAUCGUGGACGGGUAACUGGUGUGCGUGCUGCCCGUUGCGUGCCAGAAUGCAGGACCAGGAGGGCGAUUCCCAGAUACAGGGUGUUGGUAGCAGCCGUAAUGCGCCAAUUGAGUGCUACGGAUUUUACGAAGACCCUACUGAUAUUACGAUUCCGCAUCCGCCAUCACUGAUGAGCGUUAUCCCGGGUGCAUCCGGAUCGCAGCAGCAGCGACUGCGCCGUUUGUCGGAUGGCCCGGGGCGCAAGACCAAGCGGUUUGUAAAGGGCAGCGGCAGAAACUCGACUGGGAAAACGAGUGAGCCAGAUAAUAAUGGAUCCGUUUAGUCCAUUCUAUUUUUGUCAGCAUGGUUUUUGUUGACGAUAAUUUUGACAAUGUAUCGAAUCUUUUAUUAAAUUGAUCUCCAAAAAACAGAUAUUUGCA